CCUGUCAGUGCCCAUCAAUGCCACAUCAGUGCCACAUAUCAGUGCCUACCAGUGCACAUCAAUGCCACCUAUCAUUGCUAGUCAGUGCCACCUAUCAGUGCUGCCAAUCAGUGCCACCUAUCAGAGCCAGUCAGUGCCUCCUAUCAGUGCGCAUCAGUGCUGCCUAUCAGUGCCUGUCAGUGCUGCCUAUCAGUGCCGCCUAACAGUGCCUGUCAGUGCCGCCUAUCAGUGCCAGUCAGUGCCGCCUAUCAGUGCCAGUCAGUGCCACCUAUCAGUGCCAUAUAUGAUUGCUGCCUUUCAGUGCCCAUCAGUGAUGUCUGUCAAUGCCCAUCAGUGUCACCUACCAGUGCCACCUAUCAGUGCCCAUCAGUGCAGCCUCAUUAGC